AUGUCCUUCAGUCUUGUAGCUUUACCAAGCAGCUCAUUUGUGGAACACACCAUUUGUUCUAAUUCUGUUCAUAUCUAUCUAUCUAUCUAUCUAUCUAUCUAUCUAUCUCAUUUUUAUCCUUAUCUAUCUAUCUAUCUAUCUAUCUAUCUAUCUAUCUAUCUCUUUCAUUUUGAUUAUUAUCUAUUUAUCUGUCUAUCUCUUUCAAUCUGUUAUCUGUUAUCUAUUUAUCUAUCUGAUCCAUCUAUCUCAGACUAUUCAAUAUCUAUCUAUCUAUCUAUCUAUCUAUCUAUCUAUCUCAGGCUAUUCAAUCUCUAUCGAUCUAUCUCUUUCAAUCUGUUUAUCUAUUUAUCUAUCCAUCUAUCUAUCUCAAGCUAUACAAUUUCUAUCUAUCUAUCUAUCUAUCUAUUUCAUCACAUGCCCAUAACUGAUCGCGCUCUCUCUCUCUCUCUCUCUCUCUCUCUCUCUCUCUCUCUCUCUGCGCAAUCGCCUCACUGCGCAUCUUCCGAGAAGCACAUUUACCGCUGCCAUUGUAUACAAAUAUAG